CGCGACUUGUCACGGCCGGCCAGCGGGACACGGUGCCGGUGUCCUUCCUGACGGACUUGGCCCUGGACGGUUUCGACGCGGCGACGGGGGGGUUGACGAUCGCGGCGCCGCGGCACUUCCUGCCCCACAUCCUCAGCGGGAAGCGCCCGCUUCUCCGAGCGGCGCGGGCCCUCAAUGGUUGGCGCAGUUUGUCUCCACCGCAGAUGCGCCUGCCACUGCCGCGCUCGGCGGCGAUGGCGGUUGCGGGCUGGCUCAUUUGGAUGAACUUGCCCAGCAUGGCCGUAUUCGUGGCGCUGGUCUUCCGCGCGUGCCUCAGGCCGUCGGAGGCCUCAGCACUUGUCCUCGUCGUGAACGAUGCAAAGUCGGGCCGUCCUGGCAAGACGGGCGUGACGGGCGAGUCGGUCCUGGCGGGCGCCCCCGCGUUCUGGCCCGCGCGGCGCGCGCUGGCGCUCAACGCGCCUGCAGGCACCAGCCCCUGGAACUUCAAGCCCGCCGACGUACGCUUGACGGUCAGCCAGGCCCUGAUGGAGCUGGAGCUGCAGAAGGAGCCCCCGUCCUUGUACACCCUCCGCCAUGGGAGGGCCUCGCGCGACUUGCUCUCGGGGGCUCGCUCGAUAGCGGAAGUGAAGGAGAGGGGGAGAUGGAUGUUGGACAAGUUGUUAAGAAGGUACGGGAAACGGACGCGCAUGCAGCAGCGGAUCAGGGACCUUCCGACACAGGCCGCACAGUUCGGCGAUCAGGUAUUCGCGAGGCUGUCGGAGCUGAUCGAGCCCACGUGCGUGAAGGGCUCCUUCCCGCUGGCGGUCCCGUUGCGCGCCGUGCCCGUCGCGCCUGUGGCC